AUCCAAAAUGCGGGCGUCAGAUUCAUUAUCUUUGAGAGAGAGCCGGCCAACAUCCAGCGCGCGCGGGAUUGGAACAUGGGAGUGCAUUGGGGAAUUCCACUCCUCAAAAACCUGAUCCCACCGGACGCCUUUGCAAAGCUCGACGCAGCUCAGGUUGAUCCUAACAGGCCUUGCCCCCCAUCCGACACCAUCCGCUUCUUGGACGGACAGACCGGAAAGCAAAUCGGUGCAUCGACGACUCCACAUAUAUACAGACUCCGGCGGAGCAAGCUACGCGCUUUGCUUCUAGAGGGUAUCGAUGUCCAAUACGACAAGACUCUCACGGAUAUCUCGUACUCGGAGGACGGUACAACCGUAACGGCACACUUUGCGGAUGGUUCCAGCACAAGCGGCUCCCUCCUCGUGGGCGCGGAUGGUGCUCGAUCGCUCACACGCAAUCUCUUGGUGGGACCCGAGAAGGCGGCUUUGACGACGAUCGAAUUCGCAGCCUCUAUCGUACAAUCCAAAUACACCGCAGAGCAGGUCAAGUUCCUUCGCUCCUGGCAUCCUCUCUUUGUUGCAGCGCCAAAUCCAGCAGGCCUCUUCAGUUGGGUAGGGCUGCAUUCAGCACCUGACGCUGACGAUCCCGAGAACUGGAUCAUGAACCAUUAUAUCUCAUGGCCAUGCUCUCACGAAGAGCAGGAGAAGACCAAGGACUGGACGAAUGAGCAAAGGCUGAAACAGUUGAAAGAGUUCGGCGAGAAAUUCGCUGAUCCAUUUCGAAGUGCAUUUGCGUGGUUGAAGGACGACCAGCCUGUCUGGUAUUCUCCCAUGACUCAGUGGGAUCCAAGUCUACCCGAACAUCAGUGGGAUAACCACGGUGGUCGAGUCACGCUGGCAGGUGAUGCAGCGCAUCCUAUGACCUUCCAGCGCGGACAAGGCUUAAACUCCUCGAUCAAAGACGCCUCGGAGCUGGUGGCUCGAAUUGCAGAGUUCCACGGCUUCUCAAACAAGACACGACUCGAGGCAAUCGAGGCCUACGAAGCGGAAAUGAAGGAUCGAGCCGGGAAAGAGGUGAGGCUGUCGGCUGAUAAUACGCGAAUGGUACAUAUCUGGGAGGAAGUCAAGCAGAGCCCUCUCUUCUCCAAGGGCUUCUCGCAACAAUCCUGA